CUGCCUCGUGAAUGAGAUAGUGGUCAAAGCCUUGGAGGUUUUUUCUUCACUGUGCUACAUCUGGUUGUGGUAUCCGUCAGCGGCCAUAUGUAAUUGAACCUCAUUCAUUGGUUAGCCGAUUGACUUGGCUCUCUUUUGUUUACAACGAACUACGUUUUUUACGGUGUGAAGUUCCCUAUACGUCUAGGCACCGCCAUUCUACCGGCCGUUAGUCUGUGUCUGCCUCGGUAACUGGUAACUACUGCAGACUGGGUUGUGAGAGCACAGAACAAUGAUCGAGCGACCCGAGACUGCGGUUCCCAGCAUCGCUCAGCGGAACCUCGAGGGCUAUGUGGGCUUUGCAAAUCUCCCCAACCAGGUGUACCGGAAGUCGGUCAAAAGAGGGUUCGAGUUUACGUUAAUGGUUGUAGGGGAAUCUGGUCUCGGGAAGUCGACACUGAUCAAUUCUCUGUUCCUGACUGACCUGUACUCCAAGGAUUACCCGGGGCCCUCGCAACGCAUCAAGAAGACUGUGCAGGUGGAGCAGUCCAAGGUGCUGAUAAAGGAAGGGGGCGUCCAACUGACACUCACCAUUGUGGAUACUCCAGGGUUCGGAGAUGCGGUGGAUAACAGUAACUGCUGGCAGCCUGUUAUAAACUACAUUGACAGUAAGUGCGAGGACUUCCUCAAUGCCGAGUCCAGAGUGAACCGCAGAUCCAUGCCCGACAACAGAGUGCACUGCUGCCUGUAUUUCAUCGCCCCCUCUGGACACGGUCUGAAGCCGCUGGACAUCGAGUUCAUGAAGAGACUCCAUGACAAAGUGAACGUCAUCCCUCUGAUUGCAAAAGCCGACACUCUGACCCCAGAGGAGUGCCAGCUCUUUAAGAAGCAGAUAAUGAAAGAGAUCCAGGAGCACAAGAUCAAAAUUUAUGAAUUCCCAGACACGGAGGACGACGAGGACAACAAGCUCAUCCGAAAGAUUAAGGAGAAGAUGCCGCUGGCAGUGGUCGGCAGCAACGUGGUGAUCGAGGUGAACGGCAAGAAGGUCAGAGGUCGCCAGUACCCAUGGGGCGUUGCGGAAGUGGAGAACGGGGAACACUGUGACUUCACCGUGCUGCGCAACAUGCUGAUCCGGACCCAUAUGCAGGACCUCAAGGACGUCACCAACAAUUUCCAUUAUGAAAACUACCGCAGUAAGAAACUGGCUGCUGUCACCUGCAAUGGAGUGGACACUACCAAGACCAAGGGACAGCUCACUAAGAGUCCCCUGGCCCAGAUGGAGGAGGAGCGCAGGGAACACGUGAUGAAGAUGAAGAAGAUGGAGGCAGAAAUGGAGCAAGUCUUUGACAUGAAGGUCAAGGAGAAGAAGCAGAAACUGAAGGACUCGGAGGCUGAGCUGGAGCGACGCCACGAGCAAAUGAAGAGGAACCUGGAGGCGCAGUACAAGGAGCUGGAGGAGAAGAGACGAGUGUUCGAGGAUGAGAAGGUCAACUGGGAAGCUCAGCAGAGGAUCCUGGAGCAGCAGAAGCUGGACGCCUCCAAGACGAUGGAGAAGAACAAGAAGAAAGGAAAGAUCUUCUGAAGCGACCGCUUCCUCACUUUUACACAAACUCUGUUAUUCUUCAUCCCCUCUGAAGUUCACAUGUACUGUGGCCCUCCAAACACACACACAUAAACAGAUACACACACAUGCACGUCUCUCUGCAGGGUCACCGUAUCUGUCGAAGCCUCUUAUUUCCAUGGGGAAUGCAUGUUUUUGUGAAAUUCUAUUUUCCUAUAUUUCCUGACAAAGAGGAGGCCCUUCCUCUGAAUGACAGUACGACACAUGGCAGGGACCACGCAUAGCCAUCUGUUCACAUGUAGUAGUGUGUGUUCUCUAGAUAUUGCAUAGAUCUGCAGAUAAACUAUCCCUCUUCUUUUAUUCUCCCCAAAAAUACCAUAACACAGGUGUACUGUAUAAAACACUCCAUCACAAAGACCUCAUUAAGAGUGUGUGAAGAGAAGGGAGAGUGUAUGUGAGUGAAGGGAACUGCGUCAGGAGCCAGGAGGAGUCAGGAGGGAUUGAGGCCCGGUCAUAGAAAGUCAAAUCAAUCAGCAAAUCUUUUGAAAGUGGGAUUCUACAAGUCUUAUUGGCCAGCAGCGUGAACCCUGAAAUGUUUAGUACCCCAAAGUUCUCUGAUUUAUAGUAGGGGUCCCCAGCACAUAGAAACUGCCGGAUGCUAACCUGCGUAUGUUGGGCAAUUGGCAGAAUUAGCAUCAGUUGUGUUAAUUAGCAUAUUCAGACAAUAGCUAAAAUGGCUUGGCCAUUUGUGGUGUGGUUUUGGAAGUAAUUGAGGAUCAAUUACUGACAUCUUAAGGAUCAUAACGGCCAGUUCUGAGUCCCCUAAAACUUAAAAAGUUAAACCUGCAAAUUUGGAAUCUGAAAAUGUCAGAAAUGGAAUCACCAUCCUCAAUAACCACAAAAACCACACCAAAGUUACCCAAUUUGGCCAUGCCAAUUAGCAAUAAUUGUCUGCAUAUGCUAAUUAAUGCAAGUUGUACAAUUUUAACAACAUAUGCAAGGCAGCAUCCGGCACUUUCUAUGUGCUGUGGACCUGGACUAUGCAUUCAUACAUAAAACUUUGUGAUACUCAACAUUUCUGGGUUCACUUUAACACUUUAUGAGCUGGCAACCAGACUAACCUUGUAGUACCUUUGCAGCAAUGCUUCCUGUCUCAUAACUCUCUUCAGGACAAUGCUCUUUUAUGGAGCAGCUUUCCCUCCAGCAGAGGAGAUUAAAUAAAAGCUAAUUCUAGCAGAGAAAUAAAGAAAUAAACUGGGGCUCCAGUAAGCGAACCUUACUUGGGGAAUUUAUCCAAUCUCCAGGCAAGAACGUCCUCUCUGUUCCGUUAUUUUGUAACUAUCCAACAUAUAUAGCACGAUGAAUUCACCUGUGGUUUUUCCUGUCCCAGCAGCAAACAAUGUCCUGUUUUUAUUUCCUUAAUACGCUGCUACAUAGUGUAAACAAAUUUGCCUAUACUGGUGUAAAACAGCUGAUCAACUACAACAAAUUCCUUUAUUUUGAACUCCAGCAACUCCAAUGGCAAACAUAUGCCCCAUGUAAGCAAAUCAACCAAUCAAAAUGUGGGCGGGGCCGGGCCUUCAGGCAGGAAUUCCAGUGGUGUGUGUGUGUGAGCAGUGUUGUAUUGGUGCUGUGUUUGAGGUCAUAGAAACUGCAGGGAGAUGCAGCAGCAGAAUAUUUUCGAUGCAGUGCGUCUCCCAUUCAUAACAGACAUUAUGCAAAGCCUCAUUCGGUGUCUAUGGCUACUAUGAUCCAACAGGUGUGUAAUAUAGUGAUUCAAGUGGUGGGUGUUGUCAUAGUUCUGAACCCUGUGCGGGAAGGGACCAUUCAUCAAAUUAUUCCUGUUCCUUUCUCCCUGGAAAGUUGGGACUUUGCCCAACCAGCUGUGUCUCUGAAUUUAUUUUGGAAUAUUCUACUAUAAUACUCUACGUAACUGCUUCCUCAAACAACAAAACAUCCCCCCUGAUCCUCUCAGUCCACAUCUGAGUCAAAUCAGUCGGCAUUAGCGAUGUGUUUCAACCUUUACUAUACCUUUCCAAGAGUGUAAUGUUUAUUUUCAUAUGAUGAUGAUGUUGCUAAUAAUACUAUAUGUAAGGUCAACAAACUAAAUCCCAUGUAGUUUUUCUUAAGACUCAUAGUUAUCUGUUCUUUUAGUAUAGAUUUCAAGAUGCCUGCAGUCCUCAUGUUGCAUUUAAGGAUACAAUGCUAAACCCUUACACCUUUAAUCACAUAAAAUAUUACCUUUCUGGAUUUGUUGAUGAUGGAUUAUAUUGUGUACAUACCGGAGGCUGCUCUGUGGCCUUUUUCUUUUGUUUGUUUUUCAGAUGACAUGCCAGGAACAGAACUUGUACUCACAUCAGAACCUAUCAUAUACUUGUCUUUAAGAAUACACGAUACAUUUCUAUACAUUUGUACACGUAUAUGCUGUAUACAUCUAUGCCAAUGAGUACACCUUCUCAGGACUGCUGUGUUAUAAUUUAAAGUCCAGAGGAAGUCAUGCUGGGGUCCCUACAAUUUAAAAUUGUGAUUUUUCUUUUCUUUUUUUUUUAACUGCUUGUGAACCACUUGCCCUUGGAAUACACACUACAAGUUAGGAUAAGUUUAGGUGACUUUCUUUUUGUAAUAUUAUCCUUUUUUUAUAUAUGUACACUCUUUACUGCUUCUCUUCUUUGUUCUGUCUCUAACUGUACAUGGUUAAUAAAGUCGACAUGGUUAUGCUUUAA